CUAUAGAAUACUGUGAUGUCAUUUCCGGCUAUUCCAUCGACCUGGAUUUUUUCGUUUUUCUCAAUUUUCGUGUUCAAUUAGAUAUUUUUAAGCAACUUUUUGCCAAAGCAAGACUUCUAUGUUAGGUAUUGACCAAAGAGAUAUGCGAACGAUCUAAUAAAAGUAAGUUCUUGACAAUUGAAAUUUUUUCCUCUUAGCAAAGGUAUAUUAUUUUGUGGAGGUCGUGAAAAAUAUGCGUAAAAUUUCAGUAAAGAACAUUAUAAAGAGAUGGCAGAACUGCUGGAACGAAAAGCCUCACUGAAACGUCAAAAAGCCGAAGUUCAACCGAUAGAUGGCGCGUCUCAAGAUGAACCUGAUACAACAACUCCCGAUGGGGAAGAGGAAGACAACAAUCAGUUAAAAAUGAAAGUACUGGUAAGAUCUCAAGCAUUGGACGGUUCAUCUCCACCUCCCAAUAAUGUUGGAAGUUUACUACCAUCUCCAAAGACGCUUUCGCCUCAACCUAAUCGUCGUUUACUUAAAGAUGCUUCAGGUUCUUCUGCAAGUGACGCGUCUUCGGGAUUGUCACGUGAAUCAAGUUUGGAAAUUUCAACUGAUUCUUCGGGAGUAGAUCUUCAGCAAUUUUUGACCCAAACAUUGACAAAGGGGAACACAAAAGAUAGAACUUUUCUCCUGAAGUUGGAAAUGGAACUUAUAACUUUCGUAACAGAUUCGAAUGAGCCAUUGAAACGUUUUCCUCCAAUGUCUAGUUAUCAAAGGAUGCUAGUUCACAGAGUCGCCGCCUACUUUGGUUUAGAGCACAAUGUUGAUAAUACAGGAAAGGCCGUUGUUGUAAAUAGGACACCAAAUACUAGAUUACCUCCGCUAACCUUUAGUCAAAUAAUAAGAAUGGCUAAUGGUCAACCGAGGCAGUUGUUAAGAAGACGUCCGGCGAGUGUUGAAGAUGCUCCACUGAAAGUUCCAUUAGGCAAUCAACCUAAAUCAAAAAGUGUUGAUGAAAGAAGAAUGGAAUAUGAUCAGGCAAGAACUAGAAUAUUUGGACAGCACCUUUCUAUUCCUGAUAUGCAACAGCAUGUUUCUCCAUUUCCACUUCAAUGGAGUUCAACUGACUCAUCCGGGUACUCUACAGACAGAACGAGAUCACUAGUAAUGUCAAGAGAUUCCAGUGGAUCUAAUUUAACGUCCAUGUAUGACGGAGGGGGACCAUACGCCGUUUGGGUAGCAACAUCAGUUGAACAAAUCCCCAGCGGAAGCGUGAUAAUAAAUCCUCAAACCGGAAGUCCUUUUUUAAUGUCCGACGGUUCGUUAUAUAGGCAUCCAGGAACUGGAAGCCCACUUCCAGCCGGGAGUUUGAUAAGCUUUCAACAAGUUCCGUCAUUGGCACCACCCCCACCCCCUCCAACUUAUGUCGUUCCCCAGCAGCAAGUUCUGCAGCAGCCUUAUACUGUUCAGAUGCAGGUGGCGCCCCCACCGCCACAACCACCUCCGCCACCUCCUCAACAGCAGCCUCAACCUCCUCCAAAUCAUACUGGAAAUACAAUAGUUUUAUGUCCUCCUCACCCACAGGAUCAUAUAUAUCAAAAUCGUAUUGAGCAAGCGACAAACCAAAUGCAACAGUUUUCGAUAAGGACGCCGACAUCCUCUUGUCCACCUGUGAGGAGACAAAAAAAUGCUUGUGGUGGCGGUAAAAGACGUUCAAACUGGGUGAAUAACAAGAACGGAAGUGGAACUUCUUCUGGGAAUAGUCAAAGUGUGGACGAAGUCGCUAGUCAGCAAUGA